CUGAACAGAAACAAAACAACCCCCGUGACUUUUUUUAUCAAUCCACCCCGUGAGUCGCGUUCCCCCUACCUUUUACCAAAUCCAAUCACCGAGAGAGCCCUCCUCAUACGCACCACCACCACAAUCACUUCCGUCCAAAUUUAGCUUCCCUUCACGCGUGUGUAUAUAUAUAUAUAUAUAUAUAGAUUCGCAAUGACGAUUGCCCAUCACAGAUCCACAAAACCCAAAAACACCUGCUGCUCUUUCUUACCAUUUUCAAAACCGUCCAAGUUCGUUGUUAUAAUCUCCAUGGCCUCCGUAUUCUUUCUCUCCCUUCUCUCCCUUGUCCUCUUCCUCUCCCUCUCCUCCGCCGCCACCCACCGCCGCCACUCCCCAGCCACUCAACCCACUCCCAAUGACCCCUCUUCCUCUGUCCAGCCUGAGAUCCGCCAGGCGUGCAAGGCCACGCGCUUCCCUGUCGCAUGCGAGAGCUCUUUGGCACUUUCCAAGCGCGUGCCAUCCUCCAACCCCACUUCUCUCCAGCUCAUCCAGUCCGCCGUCUGGGUCUCCGCCCAGAACCUCCACACCGCCCAGUCCAUGGUCAAGUCCAUCCUGGACUCCUCCGGCGGGAGCCAGAACCGCACCACCGCCGCCAAGAACUGCCUCGAGGUCCUCCACAACUCCGACUACCGGAUCUCCCAGACCACCACCGACGCCCUGCCAAAUGGCAAGUUCAAGGACGCCAGGGCCUGGCUGAGCGCCGCGUUGCUCUUCCAGUACGAUUGCUGGUCCGGUCUCAAGUACGCCAACGACACGAAGAUGGUGAACGAGACGAUGUCGUUUCUGGACUCGCUGACCGGGCUCACGAGCAACGCGCUCAGCAUGGUGUUCGCGUACGACGUUUACGGGAAGGAUUUCGGGUCGUGGGCCCCGCCCAAGACGGAGCGCGACGGGCUCUGGGAGGAAGGCGGCGGCGGGUCCGGGGCGGGUUUCAGGGGCGGUUUUCCGUCGGAUUUAAAGGCGAACGUGACGGUGUGUAAGGAGGCCGCUAGUGCUGGAUGCUUCAAGACGGUGCAGGAAGCGGUGAACGAGGCGUUAUAUAGGGGUGGCGACGGGAGGUUCGUUAUACACAUAAAGGAGGGAGUGUACGAGGAGACGGUUAGAGUUCCGUUGGAGAGGCAGAACGUGGUGUUUUUGGGGGACGGAAUGGGCAAAACGGUAAUCACGGGGUCGCUGAAUGUGGGCCAGCCUGGGAUUUCCACGUACAACACUGCUACAGUUGGUGUUUCUGGCGAUGGAUUCAUGGCCAGUGGUCUCACAAUCCAGAACACCGCCGGUCCUGAUGCCCACCAAGCAGUGGCCUUCAGAUCAGAGAGUGAUUUAUCCGUCAUUGAGAACUGCGAAUUCAUAGGCAAUCAAGAUACGCUCUAUGCUCACGCCCUCCGCCAGUUCUACAAAUCAUGCCGCAUCCAAGGCAACGUGGAUUUCAUUUUCGGAAACUCCGCCUCAGUUUUUCAAGAUUCUCAAAUCUUAGUCCGCCCCCGGCAACUCAAGCCAGAAAAAGGCGAGACUAAUGCCGUCACUGCACAUGGCAGAACCGACCCCGCCCAAGCAACGGGUUUUGUUUUCGAAAAUUCCUACAUCAAUGGCACCGACGAAUACAUGGAAUUGUAUAAAAGCAAACCGAGUGUACACAAGAAUUACUUGGGGAGGCCAUGGAAGGAGUACUCGAGAACAGUUUUCAUAAACUGCAACUUGGAAGAACUUAUCACACCACAAGGCUGGUUGCCGUGGAGCGGCGAUUUUGCAUUGAAAACGCUCUAUUAUGGGGAACUCCAAAAUUCUGGACGGGGUUCUAGUUUGUCUCAAAGGGUAACCUGGAGUAGCCAGAUUCCGGCAGAGCACGUAUACGCAUAUUCGGUAGAGAAUUUUAUUCAGGGAAAUGAAUGGAUUCCAUCAUCUUAGUAUAUCUGUAAAUACAGUUAAUUCUACCGGCUCAUGUAAAAAGAGCUCCAACAUAUUGUCUUCUUGUCCCCUAAAUCUUAUAUUUGACGACAAUACUUGCCUAUAUUUGGGUAAGUACUUGAGCUUA